GAUAGUUUGAUUGUCAUCAAAAUGGAAAAGAUCAAUGAAGAAUCCCAAGAAAUUGAUGAACAACAAAAACAACCACUACUAGAAAAUCAAAAUCAAGAAGAAAACCCUACAAAACAACAAAAAACAAAAACCCAAAAGGCUAUAAGAAAAACAUUUAAACGUACGUCUCAUUUACAAAGUCUUUUACCAUCGGGUUCAGUCUUAAUUUUCGAGAUGUUAUCACCAAUUAUGUCGAAACAAGGGCAAUGCCAAACAUUCCUAACACAAUUUAGUGUUAUAUGUCUCAUUAUAUUUAUUGGAAUAACGUGUUUUCUAGCAAAUUUUAUAGACAGUGUAAAAGAUGAAAAGGAUAAAAUUCGAUAUGGAUUUGCUACAUUUAAAGGUAUAUGGAUUAUUGAUGGUUCAAUGAGUGUUGAUCCUAAUGAAGCAACUAAGUAUCGAAUUCGUGUUGUUGAUUUUGUUCAUGCAAUUAUGGGAAUAAUUGUUUUUAUGGCAGUUGUUUUGUUGGAUCAAAAUGUUGUUACGUGUUUAUUUCCAACACCUUCUCAAAAAACAAAGGAUAAAUUAGUGAUGUUUCCUAUUGUUGUUGGUGUUGUUUGUGGUUUGUUGUUUGUUUGGUUUCCUACCAAUCGUAAUGGAGUUGCUACUCCUCUUUCUAAGAAGAAAUAA